AGCCAAAUCUGGGAUACCCCUGGACGUGGUAUUUCGAUUCCAGAUCAAUAUGGCCUUGCAAGAUAUCGGACACAUGGCUAGGACGGAAAAAUUCAGUGAUAUGACACUUCCACUAUUAUGGUUUGAAAUCGGAAUGUACGAUCUACCGAACUCGAUGUUUAUACGUUUCUGGAUUUAUCUAAACGUUUUGGUGACUAUGGAGAAAUUAGCGAUGUAUUUGCUAUUCUCAUCCGGCGUAAUGCUACUCAUUUGGUGCGUAGUAAGAAUAAUAUCUUAUCAGGCAAACGGAUCACCGGAAGAAGGAGUGGAAAAAGAAAUAAAAAUGAGACAAAAACGAGUCGAGAAGGACACAUGUAUCGAUAAAAAGGCUACAGAGAUGGACGUGUAUAGCUCGCUUUUGAUUCUCGACGAUGUGAAUCUGACAUCAAUAACAGUGUAAUAAUUAUAUAAGUGAUAGCCGUAAUAUGGGAGUGAGCAAAACAUUUUCUCUUCAAUUGUUCGGUUAUAUUUAAGUUUUUUUUUAUUAGUUAGAAAAAUGCGCACGUGAUCAUUUAAAUAUUAAAAAUUCUGCAGAUUCUAAUAAAGAGAGGAAGACAAAAGAUUCUUCCUCCUCAAAAAAGA